AUGAUGUGCAAUGAAAAUUCGGCUCAUAUCGAAUAUGAUGGAUCAGGACGUUUUGUGUUAGAUUCUGGUGCAACCAUAAAUGAUUUAGCACUUUUCACAGAUUUCAAACCACUGGCUGAGCCAAUUCGCAUAACUGUUUCAUAAAAGGGAGAGGUUGUCGAGGCAACACAUAUUGGGAGCAUAAAAGUCAACACAACCCUUGGCUACAGCGGAGAGCUGAUGGAUGUCCUCUACAGCAGGAGUGUGCCAGCAAAUCUCAUCUCAGUGAGACGUAUCCAGGAGGCUGGAAUGUCAGUGAUAUUCACAGAAACUGGCUUUGUGGAGAUCAAAAAUGGGAAUACGACGAUGAUUACAGGUCACCAAGAAGCUGAUUUAUUGACAAAACCAUUGGCAUCUCCUCAGUUCAAGGAAUUGAGAGAAAAAAUAGGACUACAAGAGAAUUAG